AGCGUCAUCGUAGAAUGCAGUUGUUUGACGCGUUGGGCUUCCCGAACUGUUGGGGGUGCAUAGACUGCACCCGUGUUUAUAUGGACAAGCCGCGCACGAGGGAUGGGGAUGACUAUGGUUCGGGAAGAUUCAACAGGUUCUCCAUUGUAGCACAGUUGGUGGUGGACUCAAAACUGAAGAUCCUGGACUUCUGCUAUGGAUUCCCAGGGACUGUUGGUGAUGGACGUGCGUCGAAGUCGGCGUCACUGUACAGGCGCGGUCUGCAAGGUUCUCUGUUCUUGGACGACCCUGCUGAUCCUUUCGCUGGUGAGAGGCCGGCAAUUGCAGGUGUCCCUGGCGGGUACUUGCUUGCCGAUGGCGGGUAUCCCAGUCUACCAUGGAUCGUCACUCCUUACGGCCAGCAACCGAAUCUCACGACUGCCAUGCAACAAUUCCAUGCACUCCACAAGAUAGUGAGAUCUUGCGUGGAGCGUUUUUUUGGAGUUUUCAAGAUGCGGUUCCAGUUCUUCUAUCGUCCGCAUGUGACCGAUAUAAGGAGGGAGGGUUUGGAAUUCGAAGCCUGUUGUAUUCUCCACAAUCUAUUUCAGGAAUGGGGAGACAUGCCGCAAGAGGACUUGGAGUUCUCUGAUGCGUCUUCCCCUGACACACCUCGUCCCCGUGGUGGACGAGGAAGUAUGGGACUACGGCUUGAAUUCAUGUUCGGUCACGAACGCGGGCAGGCCGUGAGAGAUGCACUGUGUGCAGAAGUGGUCCGCAUCGUUGGGUUCUGCCGAGUUCCUUACGAAGGACCAAUGGUGGGGAGGGACUUUGUGAGGGAGAGGCGUGCGGUGCUGAACGAAAUGGAGAAGAUGGAGAGGGAGGUUGAACGAGUCCACAAGUACUUAGUGGAGAGGGGUGAUAGCAUCACAGUCACGAUGCGUUGUGGUAAAUCUGUUUGUGAAAGUGAGAUGUCCCUCGAGAACAUUCACGCUCGGAGAUGGGCAAGUUCCGUUCUCAAGAGACUUCGUGAUUCAAGGGAUAGUCUGCCCCUCGCACCUCGACCGAGCUUCGUCCCUGUCUCGAACUGCAGCAUGCAAGGCUCGGGUAGUGUCCCGUACUUCCACUCGGCUCUCCUCCCACAUUCGUCUCCACUCGUCGUUAUCUCGUCGGAUCUAGAGGUUGUGGAUGACAAUUUCGUCGCAGCAAUGUCGCCGGCCGAAGCGGACGUGCAAGUGGCACGUCAGCAGGCUGAAACCGCUUGGAGGUUCUACGACGACAUCGUGCGUGGAGUGGCGGUGGGGACUGUUGGUGACAACGAUUUGUGUCACGAAUUCGAAGCUCUUCGCGUUGGUGGAAAGGGAAAAGCUGCAGCCACCUCAUCAGCAACAGAGGGUGGACAUGGGGCCACAUGUUCGCGUUGCGGGGAACUCAGUGGCAGGAAGAAACGGGCCGUCAAACUCCCGACUUUUAAGAGGGUGCUACGCUUGCAAGUCCGGAUGGAAAAGGCCGACUUGCCACGAGACCCCAUACGUUUCCGCAUCUCUUGCCGACUUUCCUGAUUGGGAAAGAAGGAACGUCAAUCGCUCCUAAAAAAAACACGGUCAACAUGUAUGUGGUCUGUUUCUCGGGAGUACAACAGACACCAUACCGUGCACGUACCCUAUAUGCAAGCCCAAAUACGUACGAAAACCUCUAUGUGCCCAAGUUCGUGGGACGUCCCGUUAUCCGCGGCCCUUGAACAG